AUGACACCCUAGCCAACCACCGGCUUCCAGUCCGCGGAGCAUCCUCACGGUCGCUUCUCAGCGGGCGUUGAGCAUAGUCUCCAUUGCUGCUCUGGUGCAUCAGCUCUGGUAUAUCCCCAAUCCACCCACUCCCAUUGCCUCAUCAUCAUUUCACAAGCAAAAGCAUUCCACGCAGAUUCCGCACCGAACUGAACAUUGGCAACAGCACCACAAUACAAACAGCAAAAAUCCGUUGGAAAGUGUAAAGGAAGGAAGGAAGGAAGCGUAAUGUUGCACGGGAGCUGCGCAACCGCAGCCGCGCCCCUACAUAAACCCGUCGCCCACCUGCGGGUCUUCCUCAGAGUCUCCGCCUGUGCCACUUCCGCAUCACUCCCCACCGUCGCGGCUGUUUCGACUCGGAGCCCGAGCCCGAGCCCUAGCACAGGCGUCGCGGCCACCGCGAUGCCUUCUUCGUCCUCCUCGCCGACGCCGACGCCACCCGCCGAGGAGACGACCGCCGCCGCGAUUGGGUUCCACCUCACUGAGCCCUCGUUUCUCGAGUCGCUGAUGCCGAAGAAGGAGACCGGCGUCGACCGCUUCCUAGCCAAGCACCCCGAGUACGACGGCCGCGGCGCGCUGAUCGCCAUCUUCGAUUCUGGAGUUGAUCCGGCAGCAGCUGGAUUGCAGACUACUUCUGAUGGGAAGCCCAAGAUUCUUGACGUUAUUGAUUGCACGGGUAGUGGUGACGUUGACACAUCCAAAGUGGUGAAAGCUGAUGCUGACGGUGCUAUAGUUGGUGCUUCAGGCACUCGUUUGGUUGUAAACCCCUUAUGGAAGAACCCUUCUGAACAGUGGCAUAUCGGUUGCAAAUUAGUAUAUGAACUCUUUACAGACACACUCAUAUCUCGGUUGAAGAAAGAAAGAAAAAAGAAAUGGGAUGAAGAAAACCAAGAAGCAAUAUCUGGGGCUCUGAGCCAGCUGAACGAAUUUGAAAAGAAACACAGUAAGCCUGAUGAUGCCAAACUGAAAAUGGCUCAUGAAGACCUACAAAAUAGGCUUGAUUGCCUGAGGAAACAAGCAGAAGGUUAUGAUGAUAGGGGGCCUGUGAUUGAUGUUGUCGUAUGGCAUGAUGGUGAUGUGUGGAGGGUUGCAGUUGAUACUCAGGGGCUUGAGGGUGACAAAAAUUGCGGAAAAUUAGCAGAUUUUGUUCCAUUGACAAACUACAGGCAUGAGAGGAAGUUCGGAAUUUUUAGCAAAUUAGAUGCAUGCUCUUUUGUAGCAAAUGUGUACGAUGAUGGGAACCUCGUCAGCAUAGUAACUGAUUGCUCUCCACAUGCUACCCAUGUUGCAGGCAUUGCAGCUGCUUUUCAUCCUGAACAACCUUUGCUUAAUGGAGUUGCACCUGGAGCACAAUUGAUUUCCUGUAGAAUUGGAGAUACCCGCUUAGGAUCAAUGGAGACAGGAACAGGUUUGGUUAGGGCCCUGAUAGCUGCAGUAGAGCACAAAUGCGAUCUGAUUAAUAUGAGUUAUGGUGAGCCUACUCUUCUUCCUGACUAUGGAAGAUUCAUUGAUCUUGUUAAUGAGGUUGUAGACAAGCAUCGUAUUAUAUUUAUUAGUAGUGCUGGAAACAAUGGUCCCGCUUUAAACACUGUUGGUGCUCCUGGUGGUACUAGUUCAAGCAUUAUUGGUGUUGGUGCUUAUGUCUCACCAGCUAUGGCUGCUGGAGCUCACUGUGUCGUACAACCUCCAUCGGAGGGGAUGGAAUACACAUGGUCAAGUCGAGGCCCUACUGCUGAUGGGGAUCUUGGUGUCUCCAUUAGUGCGCCUGGUGGAGCAGUGGCCCCUGUACCAACAUGGACACUUCAAUCUCGCAUGCUGAUGAAUGGUACUUCCAUGUCAUCUCCUUCUGCCUGUGGUGGGGUUGCUCUUCUUGUUAGCGCCAUGAAGGCUGAAGGCAUCCCAUUAAGCCCUUACACUGUGAGAAAGGCAAUUGAGAAUACAGCUGCAUCUAUAAGUGAUGUACCAGAGGAGAAAUUGACUACAGGGCAUGGACUUUUGCAAGUUGAUAGGGCUUUUGAAUAUGCACGGCAGGCUAAGAAGUUGCCACUUGUUUCCUACAGAAUCUCAGUCAAUCAAGUAGGGAAGUCAAUUCCAAGACUAAGAGGAAUAUAUCUACGUGGUAGUAAUGCAUGCCAACAGACGAGUGAGUGGACUGUUCAACUUGAUCCAAAAUUUCAUGAAGAUGCCAGUAAUUUGGAGCAAUUGGUUCCAUUUGAAGAGUGCUUGCAGCUGCAUUCCACUGAUAGCUCAGUUGUUAAUAUUCCUGAGUAUAUAUUGUUGACAAACAACGGGCGCAGUUUCAAUAUUGUUGUAAAUCCUGCUAAUAUCAGCAGUGGUCUUCACUACUAUGAAGUUUAUGGAACGGAUUGCAGAGCACCUUGGCGUGGACCCAUUUUCCGAGUGCCAAUUACUGUAAUAAAGCCUAUUGCUCUAUCGGGGGAACCUCCAGUAUUAACGCUUUCCAAACUCUACUUUAAAUCAGGGCAUAUUGAAAGGAGGUUCAUAAAUGUGCCUAUUGGAGCUUCGUGGGUGGAAGUUACCAUGCGCACAUCAGACUUUGAUACUCCAAGAAGAUUCUUUUUGGAUACUGUUCAGAUAUCUCCACUGAAGCGACCUAUUAAAUGGGAGGCUGUUGUUACUUUCUCUUCACCUUCUCUCAAGAAUUUCAGUUUUCCUGUUGAAGGUGGCUUAACUUUGGAGUUGUCUAUAGCCCAGUUCUGGUCUAGUGGAAUUGCUAGCCAUGAACCUACCUGUGUUGAUUUCGAGAUUGUGUUUCAUGGAAUAUCCGUUGAUCAGAAAGUAAUUGCCCUUGAUGGCAGCGAGUCACCUGUGCGUAUUGUUGCUAGAUCACUAUUAGCAUCAGAGAAGCUUGUUCCUGUUGCCACUCUGAACAAGAUCAAGAUACCUUACAGACCAGUGGAUUGUAAUUUUUGUCCACUUCCCACCACUCGUGAUAGAUUACCGUCUGGCAAGCAAAUUAUUGCACUGACUUUAACUUACAAAUUCAAACUAGAGGACGGUGCUGAAGUAAAGCCCCACCUGCCACUUCUUAACAACAGAAUAUACGACAACAAGUUCGAGUCUCAGUUCUACAGAAUAUCAGAUUCAAAUAAGUGUAUUUACUCUUCUGGCGAUGUCUAUCCUAGUUAUGUCAAACUUCUAAAAGGUGAAUACACACUGCAAUUGUACAUAAGGCAUGAAAAUGUGCAAUUCUUGGAGAAGCUGAAGCAAUUAGUUCUCUUUAUUGAGAGGAAACUAGAGAAAAAGGAUUUCAUUCAAUUGAGUUUCUACUCUGAACCUGAUGGCCCUGUAAUUGGAAAUGGCACCUUCAAAUCUUCUAUUUUAGUUCCAGGUGAACCUGAAGCAUUCUAUGUGGGUCCACCAUCUGGAGAAAAAUUUCCGAAGAGUGCUCCACCUGGAGCUGUUUUAGUUGGCUCCAUAACCUAUGGUAUCGUGAGCUCAUUCAACAAGAACAAUGAACAAAACCAGCAUGCUCCAGCAUCUUAUAGUAUUUUAUGCCCCAUUCCUCCAUCAAAGGUUGAUGAUAGUAAAGAAAAGGGGGGUUCGAUUGGAAUGAAGAAAAGUAUUUCUGAGCGGUUAAAUGAGGAGGUUCGAGAUACCAAGAUAAAGUUUCUUUCCAGCAUCAAGCAAGAAAGUGAGGAUCAGAAGUCUGCUUGGGCCGAGCUUGUCGCUUCUCUUAAGUCAGAGUAUCCAAAAUACACACCUUUGCUUGCCAAAAUUUUGGAAUGUGUACUUCAGGAAGCACCUUCUGAUGAUAAGAUUAGCCAUCACAAAGAGGUUAUUGUUGCAGCUGAUGAGGUUCAGGAUAGUAUUGACAAAGAGCAACUGGCGAAGAUUUUGUCUCUAAAACCCGAUCCUGAGGAGGAAGAGUCACAGAUAACUAAGAAAAAGAUGGAAGAAACACGAGACCAGCUAGCUGAUGCACUAUACCAAAAGGGUCUUGCAUUGGCAGAGAUUGAGUCGCUAAAGCCUGAUGAGUCAACUGAGACAUCUGCUAAAGAUGCUUUUGAGGAGAAUUACAAAGAAUUAAUUAAGUGGGUUGAUGCAAAAUCUGCAAAAUAUGGCACUCUGACCGUCUUACGUGAGAGGCGCUGCGGAAGAUUUGGCACAGCAUUAAAGGUUCUGAAUGACAUGAUUCAAGAUGAGUCUGGGCAACCAAAGAAAAAGCUUUACGAUCUAAAGAUCCAGCUGAUUGAGGAGAUAGGAUGGGCACACGUAUCAGCUUACGAAAAGCAGUGGAUGCAUGUCCGCUUUCCCCCAUCUUUGCCUCCUUUUUAAGUGGUUAUUUUUACCAUAUACUCCGGCACCAGUAGGUCCAGUAUAUUCUGUCAUUGUUGGAUCAUUGCUUCAUGUUUCUUCCAAUUGACAUUUUAUUCCUUGAAAUGGUAACUGAGGGAUGCAAGUACUACCUCAUUGGAUUAUAAUUGAGGCCAUCGAUUUGUCAGUUGUAGCAUAAACUUGAGGCGGAAAGGCACAUUGAAAGUAAACAUCUUCUCAAAA